UCCUCCUCCUCCUCCUCCUGUAUUAGGGAGAAGGGUUGCAUUCCUGGUUAGUGUCUGCAAGGAGCUGGGAUUAUGGUGACUGGGAGCCAGGGGUGCAAGGAGGGGACCCCACCUCCACUGUAACCACACAACUUAAGGCAUGUAGGAGAGGUGCCCCCUGCUCCCACCCAGUGGCCCCCCAAGAAUGGCCCUAAUCAUGGAGGAAGAGGAGUAUGACAAGCUGGUGAUGCAGUCUGGCUCGGACUGGCUGAGGACUGAGAUAAAGAGGCUGGCUGUGGAGCUGGGAGAGACCACCAGAGAGAAGAUCCAGGCUGCAGAGUAUGGCUUGGUGGUCCUGGAGGAGAAGCAGCAGCUCAAGCUGCAGUAUGAUGAGCUGGAGGUGGAGUAUGACAGUGUCCGCCAGGAGCUGGAGCAGCUCAAAGAGGCAUUUGGGCAAGCGCACAGCAACCACAAGAAAGUGGCAGCAGACGGGGAGAGCCGGGAAGAAACACUAAUUCAAGAAUCCGCUACGAAAGAAGAAUAUUAUAUGAAAAAGGUUCUGGAACUGCAAACGGAGCUCAAGCAAUCCCGAAAUGUUGUGGCCAACACUUUGUCUGAAAACGAAAGGUUGAACUCGCUUGCGCAGGAACUUAGAGAGCUGAACCAGAAUGUGGAAUCACAGAAAGGUCGCCUGCGUGAUGACAUCAAGGAAUACAAGUUCAGAGAAUCUCGCUUGCUGCAAGAUUACACCGAGCUCGAAGAGGAGAAUAUCUCGCUGCAGAAACAAGUGUCUGUUCUCAAGCAAAAUCAGGUGGAGUUUGAGGGUCUUAAGCAUGAGAUCAAAAGAUUGGAGGAAGAAACCGAAUUCCUUAACAGCCAACUUGAAGAUGCCAUCCGGUUAAAAGAAAUAUCCGAGCGUCAGUUGGAGGAAGCACUGGAGACGCUUAAGACCGAGCGCGAGCAAAAAAAUAACCUGCGCAAGGAGCUGUCUCAUUACAUGAAUAUUAAUGACUCCAUGUACAGCAAUCACCUGAACUUCUCCUUAGAUGGCCUGAAGUUAAGCGAUGAGAUCACCGAGCCAAACAACGAUGACGUCCUCAACAGCUUUGAACAAAAUGGCAUCAUUAAAAUGAACGGUGAGAACAAAAUAUCCACACCUAAAAAGAAUGAUGUAGGAAAUCCAGCUCCAAGUCUCGUUUCUGAUCUUCUGAGUGAACUGAACAUUUCGGAAAUACAGAAAUUAAAACAGCAGCUCAUGCAGAUGGAAAGAGAAAAGAUCAACCUCUUGACCACACUUCAGGAAUCCCAGAAACAGUUAGAAAAUACCAAAGGUGCCCUCUCAGAGGAGUAUGACAAGGUGAGCAGGCUCACAGAAAACCUUAAUGCAAUGAAGAAACUCCAUGCCACCAAGGAACGCCAGUCUGCGUUGGACAAUGAGAAGGAGCGGGAUAGUCAUGAAGAUGGGGAUUAUUAUGAGGUUGACAUAAAUGGCCCAGAAAUUCUGGAAUGCAAGUACAAGGUUGCUAUGUCUGAAAUCCAUGAUCUAAAGGAGGAACUUAAAAAUAUCAAGGUCAAGUAUGAAGAGUGUGAGUCAAAAUAUGAAGAGGACAAGAGCAGGUUUGAGACUGAAACUCAAGCAAUGACCGAAAAGAUCUCCACUUUAGAGAAGUUGACACGACAAGACAGAGAUCAAGUCGUAAAACUGGAGAAAGAAUUAAAGAAAGUGUCUGAUGUGGCUGGAGAAACCCAGGGGAGUCUUACAGUUGCACAAGACGAGCUUGUCACCUUUAGUGAGGAGCUGGCCAAUCUGUACCACCACGUGUGUAUGUGCAACAAUGUAACACCCAACAGAGUUAUGCUUGAUUAUUACAAGGAAGGCAAAGGAGGACGUAGCAGUCCAGAAGGCAAAGGUCGGCGGUCACCCAUUUUACUUUCAAAGGGUCUUUUAAGCCCAGAGAAUGGCCCAAGCGAGACUGGAUCUCCAGUGUCACCAAUACCAUCUCCAGUUUCAGAUCCAAGAAGAGAACCAAUGAACAUUUACAAUCUCAUCGCCAUCAUUCGUGAUCAGAUUAAACACUUGCAAGCUGCCAUUGACAGGUCCACAGAGCUUUCACGGCAACAGGUUGCAAGCCAGGAACUUGGACCGGCCGUAGACAAAGACAAGGAGGCCCUCAUGGAAGACAUUCUGAAGCUGAAAUCUCUCCUGAGCACAAAGAGGGAGCAGAUUGCAACAUUGCGCACUGUACUGAAAGCCAACAAACAAACUGCAGAGGUAGCGCUUGCCAAUCUGAAGAGCAAGUACGAGAACGAGAAAGCAAUGGUUACUGAGACGAUGAUGAAACUGCGAAACGAGCUGAAGGCCCUUAAGGAAGAUGCUGCUACUUUCUCCUCUCUGAGAGCCAUGUUUGCAACAAGAUGUGAUGAGUACGUCACCCAGCUUGAUGAGAUGCAGAGGCAGCUAGCGGCAGCAGAAGAUGAGAAGAAGACCUUAAAUUCAUUGUUGCGAAUGGCUAUCCAACAGAAGCUAGCGUUGACCCAACGCUUGGAGCAUCUGGAACUUGAUCAUGAGCAGGCCAAAAGAGUCCGCACGAAAUCUGCAUCCAAAAACAAAACCAGUAAUCCCAGUUUAAUCACCAGCCUGCUUCCUGUACCUCGCCAUUCAAACAAUAAGUAGUCGGGAGAAAUCCCAUUGGCUAAUAGAAGUUGUAGAAUAGUCCUUGAAGAAGAUGUUUCCAUCCAGUGCAUUAAUUUGCACAGACGCGUCAUUAAGCCUGUCCGAGUAACUCUUAACAAAGAUAGUCAGUGGCACAAAUGAACCUGAAUCACUCCAUCCUCCACUUAUAGGAUCCUUUAUACGAUAAACGUUGGGCGCUUUUUUGUUUUUUUUUGUUUGUGUUUUCUCAAUGUAAUCUCAGUUUAAGCUUUACCAUUAAGUGCUGCUGUGGGAAGAUAACUUACAAGUGCUGAACAAAAUGCUUCGAUCAACCUGUUUCUGAUAUUUCGGAUCAGUCUCCGUGGGGGGGGAAAGGGGGUCAUCUUAUAUUUUACAUCAGAUAUUCAACUUUUUUGUUUUGUUUCUUUUUGUUUUUAUUUUAAAUCGGAUUGUUUUAAACCUGUGCACUUUUGAUAUUUUAAUAUUUUACUUAAUAUUUUAUGUAGAUGUGUUAUGGAACAUGUAUUGUAUUAAGCUUUGUACGUGUUGAUUAUUGGUAUCAGCAUGUUGCAGGGAGUUUUGUUGUUUUUUAUGAUUUAACACAUGCUUUGGCGUAAAAUAAGUCUGUGUGUAUGUACAUAUAUAUACACACUCAUUUAUAUAUGUUCUGUGCAACUUCAGCUUUUUUGCUAUAAUACAUAUUUGUUUUGUCAUAAUUACUGGUUUUAACUACCAUGCUCAUAAAGAAAAAAAAAAAAAAAAGAAGAAAAAUUCCUGGGUCUCCAAGAUUGGGGGUUGUUCAUAUUCUAUUAUUAUUCUUAGGAAUAGUUUAAUGUAACAAGAAAAAAACUUGACGUGCUUUGGUUAAAAACAGUAAUAGGCACUUGAAAAAUAUAAAACGUUUAAUAAGUAGUAUUAUCUUAAAAAAUACCAGGAUAUUCUGGUUUUUAGGAAAUCAAGAAUUGCUGAUGAACAGGAUUUUAUACAACUGUACCAGUUAAAUUCCAAAUUGGAAUUGUUUAGUAGUUUCCUCAUUUAUCGUGCCAAAUUAUGGUACAUCUAGAAAGUUAAAAUUCUAAAAUUGUCAAUUAACAAGUGUUUAUAUGCCUUUGUUAUGGAUAAUUGCCAGCAGUGCCUUUUUAAUUACCAUGGGGGAUUUUAGACUAGUUUAGGUUCAAAAGGAAACCGUUUUCGAAACAGAAAAACUCGAUGUAAGCAAUAAGUGGAAAAGGAAAAAAAAUUAAAAAGAAAUUAAAUGGUAAAUAUAUGGUAAGUAUAUUUGCCGAAGAAAGAAUUGUAAAAAAUUCAGUUGGUCAGUGAUUCUUUAAAGUAUAAAUCCUUGCUACUUGAGGGAUUUAGAAAAAAAUUCAUUACCGGUAAUUUAAACUUCCUAAACCAAAACUAAAAGCUUUCAACUUGUUUAAAAAAAAAAAAAGCAAGACGUGUCCUUUUCGAAAUCCAAACUAACUCAACUAGAGGAUACGGAUGUACUGCUUUAUAUGCGAUAUGCGGGCGGACGCCGUCUUACUAUGAUGUAACGCUGGCAAAUGUGAAAAAGCAAUGCAGUAAUAUCCGCUCUUGCAUGUUCAAUUUAAUUGCUGUUGUUUUCAGGAAACAGAAGGUAAAAGCCGCGUCAACAAGUACAUCCAAUCAGUCUAGACGUUGCUUGUUGAGGCAAAGGUGAAAGAAUGUUUUAAUUGGUACUGUGUGAAUGAAUGUCAUUUCUGUAAAAUGGCAGAAAAAAUAAAAGUAAAAUUUUUAAUAUUAAAUGGGAAAAAAAAUUCUGUUUGCUGGAAAAACAAUACAAAUUCUAGAUGUGGGACUUUUAUAUGUUAUCAUCUUUUACAGUAUUAAUCCUUUAAAUAUUGUUACUGCAAAUUAUUUCAUCUGUAUGUGGGUAUUUAUUUGAAAUUCUUUCAUAAAGUACUGUAUUAUUGUUCAUGUGCAUUCUAGUGACAAAGUGAUUUCCAUGCACGUACUCUUGCCAAGUAACCUUUACACAGAUCUGAUUGUCCUGGCGUAACUCGACGCUAAUUAUAACGGUUUGUCUAGUGAAAGAAGUGUGUUAAUUAUAUAUUAAUACAGGGUUGUGUUUAGAAAGCUCGCUGUGUAAAGGUAGUCACAUGUAUCAAUAAAAGGUGAUUUAAAGGCA